CCUUCCCACUCUUACUCUUAACUCCUCUCCACUCCCUCUUUCUCUUCCCACAAUGAAAAAAUCGAGAUGAAAUUCUCUUAAAAACAAAACAAGAGUUGCGAAAUUGCAUUAAUUGCUAGUAUUUCUUAAAAUCGUUUGUUGUUUCUAAAAAUGGUUUCGCUGGAAGAUUCUCAUUCCAAUUCAAACCGGUUUCCUUUGGGUCGAAACUUUUACACCCCCGGUUCAGCUUCGACCACCAAAAUCCACCGACACACGGGCCGUUCCAUGCGUACGGUACGCUCCAAUCUCUACCAAAACGACAACAGCAGCUGCUCCUUCACCAGCUCCGUUCCUGAAAGGUCCGGAUUUGUCUCCGAAAAUCUCACCGAAUCCGUUAUCGACAUGCGUCUCGGUGAACUAGCUUGCAAAAACAACGACAAAUCGGUUAAGUCCGAGUCAGAAAACGAGGAAUUUUUGGACAUUUCUCAUGCCUUCAGUGAUUUAUCCGCUUGCAGCAGCGAUAUCUCCGGUGAGUUGCAGCGCCUAGCGGGCUUGCCCUCACCCGAAAACGCGUUAAUCAAUAAGAGUAGUAAUGAAGCUGAGCCUGAGCUGGAGCCGGAGCCGUGUCACGGCUUUCUGCAGAGAGAGGAUUUCUCGACAGAAAUUAUUGAGAGUAUUUCGCCAGAGGAUCUUCAACCGACAGUCAAGAUCUGCAUCGACGGCCUCCAAUCGUCUUCCAUUGCAGUGAAACGAUCGGCUGCGGCUAAGCUGAGGCUACUAGCGAAGAACCGCGUGGAUAACCGUGCGUUGAUCGGGGAAUCCGGUGCGAUCCCUGCUCUGAUUCCGCUCCUACGAAACAGCGAUCCUUGGACUCAAGAGCACGCAGUGACUGCGUUACUAAAUUUGUCACUUUUCGAAGCGAACAAAACCCUAAUUAUAAAAGCUGGAGCUAUAAAAUCAUUAGUGUAUGUUCUCAAGACAGGAACCGAAGCCUCCAAGCAAAACGCUGCUUGUGCACUUCUGAGCUUAGCUUUGAUUGAAGAAAACAAGACUUCCAUUGGAGCAUGCGGGGCGAUCCCACCACUAGUAUCUCUUCUGUUGAACGGAUCCAACAGAGGCAAGAAGGAUGCACUGACAACUCUUUAUAAGCUGUGUUCGGCCAGGCAGAACAAAGAAAGGGCGGUCAGUGCGGGAGCAGUUAGGCCACUGGUGGGGAUGGUGGGAGAGCAAGGGACUGGGAUGUCAGAGAAGUCGAUGGUUGUUCUUAGUAGCUUGGCGGGAAUUGAGGAAGGAAGGGAAGCUAUUGUCGAGGAAGGUGGGAUUGCGGCACUGGUGGAGGCGAUUGAGGAUGGGUCUGUCAAGGGGAAGGAGUUCGCAGUGUUGACACUGUUGCAGUUGUGUGCUGAUAGCAUUAGGAAUCGUGGUCUGCUUGUUAGGGAAGGUGGGAUCCCUCCUCUUGUGGCGCUUUCUCAGACCGGGAGUGUUAGAGCUAAGCAUAAGGCCGAAACACUUCUAAGGUAUUUGAGAGAACCAAGACGAGAGGCUUCUUCAUCCAGUCCUUAGAGGAGAGAUGUUUAUUUACUCAUAGAGGCUAAUUAUACUAGGUUAUUG